UAACAUAACUGUAUUGCUUUCUCUUUUUCUUCCUUUCUUUCUCCGCGCCUCUUUCUUGAUUUUUCGUUCAACAGUGUUUAUCCUUUUACCUUCAUUUUUGGUUGAACUUCUCUCCCCUCUGCUCCCCACACAUCAUCCGCAUGCUCUUCCUUCUCCUCUUUUUUGGACGUAGCGCCUUCCUUCUCUCUCCUCCAUUCUGUUUAUUAAUUCAUUUGCUUAUUUGGGAACAAUAAUAUCUUUACGUUUUCCCGUACUAUAGUCUCCGGAUGUUCUUUUCUCUCUCUAUUAUCUCUGUCUCUCUCUCCCUCUCGAGGGAGGGAGGUUUGCCGUAACAGAAGAUUUGAGCGCAGCCACCCAACCGUCUCCUUUCCUCUCCUCUCUCUGCUUCGCCAUCACGUCUCCAACCAAACCGCUUUUGGCCGAAGUCUAAUCUCAAGCAGGAUUCAUCACCACCUGUCUUUCCUUUUCGCCAGCACCACCAUCGUCAUAAUCGUUUCCAUCAUUGGGCUUUGGUGUUAUCCGUUCUCUAGUUCAGGGUCUCUCUCUCUCUCUCUCUCACACACACACAUACUCACACAGAGGGGAGGAGAAACGAUACAAUUGGCGAUUUGGAUUUUCCUUCUUCCUUUUCCUUGACUGUUUGAGGGAUAAACAACCGGUUCAUCCAGUAGUUCGCCGCUUUGUUUCUUCCUUAUAAUUGUGUAAGGUGGUCUGUCAUUAACCAUGGACGGGAAUAGCUGGAGGCCGGCUCAAGGGGAUCCAGGGAUGGCGUCAAGUGAUUGGAGAUCGGAGCUUUCGGCAGAGUCCCGGCAGAGGAUCGUCAAUAAGAUAAUGGAGACGCUCAAAAAACACUUGCCCAUCUCUGGCCCUGAGGGAGUUGCUGAGCUUAACAAAAUUGCGGUAAGAUUUGAAGAGAAGAUCUAUACUGCUGCUACAAGUCAGCCUGAUUAUCUGCGAAAAAUAUCUCUUAAGAUGCUCACUAUGGAAUCAAAAUCUACCACUGCAAAUCCUUUGGCAUCAAACUCAGCUGUGGGAAACCAAAAUCCACAAGAUCCAGCAGUUAACAGCAUGCAGCAAGUACGGAACCAAGGCCAGCCAUUACCCUUAGCUAGUCAAUCUCAAGCACGACAGCAGAUUUUGGCCCAGAAUCUUCAAAAUUCCGUUGCACCAGGCACUGUGCAAAGCACAUCUAAUUUGCCUCCUACUUUGUCUUCCAUGUCAAGUAUAUCUCAGGCUGGCUUAUCAAGUGUCGUGAGCCAGAGCUCUACUGUCCAGAGUAUAUCUGGCAUUUCACAGAAUGCUGUAAAUAAUUCUUUAGGACAAGUCAACCCCCAUAAUAUGUUUUCAAAUUCCCAAAGGCAACUGCAAGCAAGGCAGCUUUCACAGCAGGUCGCCCCUCAACAGCAACAACAACAGCCACAGGGUCAACAGCAUCUUCUGUACCAGCAGCAUCUGCAACAACAAUUGAUAAAACAGAAAUUACAACAAGGAAAUAUGCAGCCUUCUCUCUUGCAACAGUCACAGAUCCAACAACAGCAGUCACUAUUGCAGCCGAACCAGUUGCAACCCUCUCAGCAGUCACAUAUGCAAACAUCUCAGCAGCCUUCUUUGCAGCCAAGUCAAUCAGCCAUUCAGCAACAACAGACAUCUCAGAUGCAGGCAGUUCAACAGUCUAGCCUCCAACAGAGCCAACAAUCAUCUUUGCAACAGUCUGUUCCAUCAGUCCUCCAGGCCCAGCAACAUCAGCAUUCUGUCCUUAGACAACAACAACAACAACACCAACAGCAGCAGCAGCAGCAACAACAACAACAACAACAGUUGCAACAAUCUGUUGUGCAGCCGCAGCCAUCUAUGACUAUCCAACAGCAGCCUCAAAUCAGUCAGGCACCAAUGAUGUCAUCACAACAGCAGCAGCAACUGAUGAGUCACCAGACAAAUUCAUCUGGCAUACAACAAAAUCAGAUAUUGGGACAACAAAACAUUGUUCCAGAUAUACAGCAGCAGCAGCAACAGCAGAGGCUGUUGGCUCAGCAGAACCUCUCAAGCAUGCAUCAGCAACAACAGAUGCUGGGUCCUCAGAGCAGCAUCCCAAGCAUGCAUCAGCAGCCACAGCAAUUGAGCCAGCAAAGCAGCCUAUCAGGAAUGCAGCAAUCACAGUCAUUACUUUCACAACAAUCUAAUGUUUCUAGCCUGCAGCAACAUUCACAUUCAAUUCAUCAACUUCUUCAGGCCAAAUCCUCUAUACAGCAUCAACAACCUCAGCAGGCAUCGUCCUUAUUGAUGCAACAGCAAUCUCAGCAACCACACUCACAACCAUCACCGCAGCAACUGAUGCCACACAUUCAGUCUCAAGCUGCACAACAGCAAAUUGCGUUACAGCAGCAGGCAAGUUCUUUACAGAGGGAGCUGCAACAAAGAAUUCAAACAGGUGGCUUGUUGCAGCCACAGAGUGCAGUUGAGCAGCAGAAGCCAUCUUUUCAACCACAAAGAGGGAUACCGGAAACUUCUUCACCUUCAAUAGAGUCUACGGCACAGUCAGCACAUCCAGCUGCAGGUGAUUGGCAAGAGGAGAUAUAUCAGAAGUUGAAAAGCUUGAAGGAUAUGUACUAUAAUGAACUCAAUGAGUUGUACCAAAAACUUACGAUAAAAUGUCAGCAGCAAGAGGCUCUUGUCCAAACGCAGGCACAAUCAGACCAAUUAGAUAAGCUGCGAAACUACAGAAAUGCACUAAAAAACAGUUUAUUUUAUUUGGUCAUGCCAAAAAAUAACAUCCCAUUGAAUCUAAAAGAUAGGAUGGAGAUGUUUGAGAAACAGCUCCUCCAAUUUCUUAAUCUUUUCAAGAACAGAAAGGUUCCCCCUCCACAUCAGCACGGACAACAGCUUCAGCAACAAUCUGGUGGUCAGUCGCUUUCUGUGCAGCAACAGCAACAACAGACACAAAUAUCUCAGAUACAGCAGCAUGAGAGUCAUACCAAUCAAUUGCAACCUGUAAAUGUACAGAACACAGCGACAACAAUGCAAACAAGUGCUGUGAGUCCUGUGACAACCAUACAACACGGAGCUGUGCCUCUGGGACAGCAUGUUGGAGUUCCAACGUCUCACAACCUGAGGAAUGUGAUGCAGCCUGCAUCUAAUUUGGACUCAGCUCAGGCAAACAACUUAGGUUCUUUGCAGCAAGGUGCCAUGAGUGCUCUUCCACAUGGUGGUGUAGGCACCAUGCAGCCAACUAUGAUAAGUGCGCCACAGCAGACUUCCACAACCUCCUUGCCCCAAAGUGGUCUAAAUACCUUGCAGCAAAGCAGUGUUAAUACUAUUCAAUCAAAUGCUAGCAUGCUACAGCACCAGCAACAGCUGAAGCAAUUGCAACAGCGUCAGCUGCAUCUUAUUCAACAGCAGCAUAAACAGCAGAUGAUACAGCAGCCACAAUUGGCACCACAAUACCAGCAACAGCAAUUACCAUUGCAUCAAAAGCAACAACAAGCUGCACAGCUUCAGGCUCACCAAAUGCCACAGCUUCAUCAGUUGAGUGAUAUGAACGAGUUAAAGAUGAAACCUGCUGUUGGCAUUAAGCCUGGCCUGUUCCAGCCUCAUAAUUCAAUUGGUCAACGGCCAGUACACCAGCAACUGAAGUCUGGAUCUUCCUUUCCUGUUUCUUCUCCACAGUUAGCUACAUCCCCUCAAAUUUUGCAGCAUUCUUCACCACAGAUAGAUCAGCAAAGUCUCCUUGGGGCAGCUGCACUUCCGAAAAUUGGAACACCUCUGCAACCAGCAAAUUCACCUUUCAUUGUUCCUUCUCCCUCCACUCCUAUUACUCCAUCACCAUUACCAGGAGACUCUGAAAAGCCUGGUGCUUCACCUCUUUCAAAGACUGGAAAUAUUGUGAGCCAACAGUCAACUGUUCCACUAGCUCAAGCACAAUCUCUUGCUAUUGGUACUCCUGGACUAUCAGCAUCACCUUUGCUUGCAGAAUUUACUAUUCCAGAUGGGAAUCAGGGCAAUGCAGCAGCAUUAGGUUCAAGCAGCAAGUCUAGCACAAGUGAAAGGCCAUUUGAUCGGUUAAUUAAAGCAGUAUCAUCUAUAUCAUCCAAAGCAUUUGCAUCAUCCAUUAGUGACAUAAGCUCAGCUGUGAAUUUAAUUGAUCGGUUGGCAUGCUCAGCACCUGGGAAUGGUUCUAGAGCAUCAGUUGGGGAGGAUUUAGCAGCCACAACCAGGUGGCGCUUGCAAGCAAGAAAUUUAAUCUCACAAGAUGGAAAUGCUGCAGCAAAAAAGAUGAAACGAAACAUGACUGCAAUGCCAUUGAACACCAUGUCGUCAGCUGGAAGUGUGAACAACAGUGUUCGUCAGCCUGCUAGUUUGGAGUCAUCUGAACUGGAGUCAACUGCUACUUCUAGAAUAAAAAGGCCAAGAAUUGAGGUUAACCAGAUUCUUCAAGAAGAAAUCAAAGAAAUAAACCAGAAAUUGAUUGAUACAGUUGUAGAUAUAAGUGACGAAGAUAAUGACUUGACUGCAGCUGCCACUGAAGGCAGGGACGGGGUUGUCAUAAAAUGCUCCUACAAUGCCGUAGCACUCUGUCCAAGUAUGAAAUCUCAAUAUGCAUUGGCUGAAGUGUCUCCAAUAUUGCCAUUGAGGCUGCUCGUUCCUUCAAAUUACCCCAGCUGUUCUCCUGUACUUCUGGACAUGCAACCAAUUGAAACUGGUAAGGAGGGUGAGGAUUUGUCUGCAAAGGCUAGGUCCAUGUUCAGUUUAUCAGUUCGUAGCCUUUCUCAUCCAAUGUCAUUGGGAGAUAUAGCAAGGACGUGGGAUGUUUGUGCACGCAAGGUGAUGACAGAGUAUGCACACCAGAGUGGUGGUGGCAGCUUCAGCUCAAGCUAUGGCACGUGGGAGAGCUGUGUGUUGCGUGAAGGAGUAAAGUGAUUUGCGGGGAGAAACUGUAGAAAACAAAGUCGUGGGAUUGAUCCGGUGCAUCAUUUAUUGCAGGGUCUAAGAUUUCCAAUGUGUUGGACAAAGGAAACGGAGAAUUAAUCGAUGUGUAAGUAUGAUGGAUGUUAAAUUGUAGUUAUAAUGAAUAUAAUAAGUUGGAAGAGAAUUUUUGAAAGCA